GCUGAAGACCUUGGGAUCUCACUUCUAGCCUGUUCGCCAGCCCCAACAUCUUCCUGGGAGUCCACCCCCAAUUUCAAUAGUACAGUCCACCAUCCCCUCUGGAAGAGGUAGAGAGGGAGGUGGCAGCUGGCAUUGGUAAUGUCAGCCAAGAUGGAUGAAAGGAAGAAAAGUUCCCUCCGGCUGACCAGGGACAAACAACAGCCUAUAAAGACUGAAUGGAGCUCCCGAUAUGUCCUCUUCACUUACUUCCAAGGGGACAUUAACAGUGUGGUUGAUGAGCACUUUUCCAGGGCCUUGCGGAAUACUAAAAAGCCCAAAGACCUGAGUCCUAAAGAGCGCGGAGAGGCCACCAGCCCCAAGAGUGACAAUCAACUGUCUCCAAAUCAGUGGAGUUUCAACUCUCAGUGGACCAAGCCAGGGCCAGAAUUGGCCAACUGCGAUUUGAAUAUGUCUGUGGCCCAAGGCUCAUCGCUGAUGGUUGCAAACCCGCGUCCUCAGCUUGGAGAUCUGUGGCAUUUGUCUCCUGUAGUCAGUCCAAGCCUUGCUGAGCCUGGCUAUCCUCCUUCCUCCUUCCCCAGUUUCCAUCUAGCCCAGGGAAGUGAGCAUGAGAAGAAAUAUGGUUCCCUUCUGAACCUUCUGCAGCAAGACAGGUGCUUUGUGUACUCUAUGCCACCAGCCAGGAAGCAGUCUAGAAAUUCUCCCCAUGGUAUUGGGGCCACCAACCUGCUCCCCACUAGGAUUCUCAGCCCUGAUGCUGGGAAGAAACCGGGUUCCUUCCAAAGCCUAGAAAAUACCAGCCCCAAUCUGCCUAAUGGAAGUAGGUGUCUCUGGUACACGGUCCUGGGCUACAUGUAUGGAGAAGUCUCAGUGCUGAUAAAAACAGACCCCUCCCACUCCUUCAGUUUGCCAGGGGUUUCUUCUUUUGACUAGCCUGACAUUCUUGAAGAGCCCUUACACUUUCUAACUUGGAAAAAUUCCUGUUGUUUACCUUUCCAGUAGUCACUAACAGACUUUGGUGCAGGAGCCAACCCAAUGAGCUCAGUUAGCUGAAGUAAACCAGCCCAAAGCCCCAAGGGGGAUGAAUGCUUCUAUGGGAAUUGAAAUGCUUAGUCCCAGAUGUUCUGUCCUUUACUUUGCUUCAAGGACCACCCACGACUCUGCAGUUGGAACAAAUGCCCACUGAGGCUGAAUGCCAAAAUGAUUGCUUACAUAAAAUUCUAAAGGUGCUAAAUUCUGGAAGGUUCUGAAGCAAAGCCUGACUCCAUCUGCAUGCAAUGAGAUUAAAAGGGUUCUGGGUUUGAAUUUGAGCUUUGCUACUUAUUACCUAUGUGACCUUGGCCAUGACCCUUUCCCUCUCUGGUCCUUGGUUUCUACCUCUGUAAAAUGAGGGGAUGUGGCACAGUGGCUAGAUUGUAGGCCUGGUGUCAGGAAGACCUGAGUUCAAAUCCAGCCUUAGACACCUACAAAUUGUGGAAUUCUGGACAAGUCACUUAAUUUAAUCCUGUUUUCCUCUUAGAAACUGUGGGAUUCUGGACAAGUCACUUAAUUUAAUCCUGUUUUCCUCUUAGAAACUGUGUGACCCUGGGCAAGUUACUUAAAUUAACCCUGUUUUCCUCUUAGAAACUGUGUGAUCCUGGGCAAGUCACUUAAAUUAACCUUGUUUUCCUCAUAUAUAAAAUGAGCUGGAGAAGGAAAUAACAAACCACUCUAGUAUCAUUGCCAAGAAAACCCCAAAUGAGGUCACAAAGAGUCAGAUACAACCAAACAACAGCACAAAUCUUUAGUGUCCCUUGCAGUUCUAACAUUCUGAGGUUCUGCCAAAAGGCUAAUUAAUCAGUCAAAAAACAUCUAUUAAGCACCUACUAUGUGCUAGGCACUGUGCUAAGCAUUAAAUUCCACAAGUGGGAUGUACAUAUCUAAGUACAAAGGGGGCAUAGCUUGAGCAAGUGAUCAAAAGAGGGUUAAUUGAAUCACAGAAGACUUCUUGAUGGAAACAAGUUUUAUAUGAACCUGAGUCAAACUGUGAUCCCCACAUUUCUAACUUCCCUUUUUGUUUUCAUUCAGACAUAGAAACAAAUGCUGUUUCUGCACCCAAAUCUGAGAACCCAGGGCAUCCUGGAGAAGUUAAAGAACCUAAAUGAGAAAAAAGGCCCCUG